AGGAUAACCAAAAAUGAAUCGUCUGCUGCUGCAGUGUCUGGUGGCCACCAUUCUGGUCUAUAAAGUCAUAUCGGUGCCAACAGCAACAACAACAACAGCAACCACAGGCAGUGCCCAAUCAACCACAGAGAUACCACAACAAGAUGACGAGGAUGAUGAUUGGGAUGAAGAUGAUGAUUCCCUUGAAUCGGAUGAUGAUGGCCGUGUCUAUAAAAAUCCACGCAAUUCCCCAUCCACCGAAUGUCCCAGAGAUGAGGAGCAAGCCACUUUGUUGGGACAGAAAUGUUUAAGGAAAUGCUCAUCCGAUGAGGAUUGCAAGAGCAAGAAGAAGAAAUGCCUAUGUGAUGGAGUCUGUGGCAAUUCCUGCAUAAAGCCAGAUCGUGAAUGCCCAGAAUUGGCUCAACCCAGUUUGGGUCAGGUAACCGUUGCUGGUCGUCAUUUUGGUGCUCGUGCUUCGUAUGCUUGUCCCCAUGGCUAUCAUGUGGUUGGUCUUCAGAGUCGUCUAUGCCAGGCCGAUGGCAACUGGGCUGGCGCUGAACCAGCUUGCAAGCAAAAUAUCUACUGCCUGAAGCCACCGCAGAUAGAGCAUGCCCGCAACUCGGCUUUAUUGGAGCAGGAAACCUUCGAUUUGGACUCCACCGUACAGUAUCAUUGUCACACCGGCUAUGUCACCAAUGGCUUUCCACGUGCCAAAUGUCUGGCCAUUGAUAAUCAAGCCAGCUGGUAUGGUCCGGAUAUACAAUGCGAACCCCGUUCUUGCGGUCAACCACCGGAUCCGGCCUAUGGUUGGCAUUCCGGAGAAUGUUAUACCUAUGGCUGCAAAAUCACCUACAAUUGCGGCACUGGCUACGAAUUGGUGGGCAAACAUGAACGUUAUUGCCAAUCAGAUGGUUCCUGGACGCCCAAGGAAUUGCCAACUUGUGUCUUGGUCACGUCGGUUGUGUGUCCAACGCCAGAGAAUCCCAAGAAUGGCAAAGCCACCUACACCACAUUGGCCUACAAUUCGGUGGUCAGCUAUGAGUGUCGCUAUGGCUAUACCUUGGUGGGUGAGAGCUCCAGUCGCUGUGGUGCAGAUCGCAAAUGGAGUGGAACUGUGCCAACCUGCAAGGAAAUCAAUUGUGGCCAUCCUGGUGUUUUGUACAAUGGAUGGAUUGAGAAUAUCGAAGCUGGCACUGGCUUGGGGGCCAGCAUAAUUUUCCGCUGUCAACCCGAGAUGAUGAUCAAUGGUCUUGGCUCGAGUGUUUGUCAGAUCGAUGGAAGAUGGCGUAAUGCUUUACCCGAGUGUUUGGCUCCUUGUGUGGUGCCAACAAUCUCUCAGGGCUAUGUCAUACCCAUAGAGAUAAUGACAGAUGAGAAUGGCACCACAAUUGUGACACCGACCACAACAACCACCCAAUCGCCAACACAAUCCUUGGGCGGUGUGGAAAAGGUUAAACACGGCACAGCCUUAGAGGUUAAAUGUGAUGAGAAUUACGAAUUCCCGGUAUCUGUGCUAAGUCCACCCACUUGUAAUAAUGGCACCUGGAGUAUUAUUCCGCGUUGUGUCCCGGCACGUUGUAAGAGCAUGCCCAGACCUCCCAAACAUGGCAUGGUAAUGGCGCCCAAGACAGAGCAUGGCAUGAAGGCUCGUUUCAAGUGCAAAGAUGGCUUCAAAUUGGUUAGUCCUGAGGGUAAAGAUGUCACAGAUCCGCAUGAUUAUGUUCUAACAUGUUCGUUUGGCAAUUGGACGGGAGAUACACCAAAAUGUGAUGAAGUAUUUUGCUCAUUCCCCGGCUAUAUACCCAAUGGAAAGGUCUUGCUAGUGGGCAAUAUGGGUCUAUACGAUUAUCGGCCGUAUGUGAAGAAAAUUGUGAAUAACAAACAAAUCAUGUAUGACUGCGAUAAGGGUUAUGUGCUUGAGGUUGGUCCUCCCGGGGCAACUUGUGUGGGUGGUAAAUGGCGUCCCUUGGAUCUGCCACAAUGCCUGCUAGGCCAACAUCCACGUCUACGUUGGAAUCGUCGUCGUCGGCGGUCUCUUCAAUUGCGUCAAUUGCGAUCGGUCUACCUACUACGUCGUCAGAGGCAGCUUCAGCGACAAAUUGCAGAGAAUCAACACUUGUUGGCAGCGGUUGGAACCUCAGAACAUCGUGUGAAACGUGGUGCUAAUCCCAAUCCAACCGACUUGGACUUGGCCUAUUCAAAGUAUUAUCAGAAAAUCAAAGAACGUUAUCAACGCUAUGUACGUAAAAUACUUGGUCAAAAUCGUCUGUAUCAAAAGGUUAACGUACAGGAUGGACGCUGGUAUAAUCAAUAUAAUAAUCCAGAGUAUAUACUGACACGCAAGGCCACACACAAAUCAAGAAAUGCCGGUGACGGUGAUGAUUAUGGGGAUAAUAAUAAUAAUAACAAUGAUUAUCGUGGAGCUAUAGUCCCCAUGCCGAAUAUCAAUCAGAGCUCACGUUAUAGAAAUCGCAUUGAACACAGCUCAAAUGAAGCUCCACCAGUCAGUGGUGGUUCACCAUCGUUAGCAUCACGUAACUAUCAUGUGAACGCCACACGAGCUCUGAUCGAGCAAUUGAAGUCGCAGAUUGUGCGACGUCGCCGGAAGCGUAAUACCAAUAUAAAUUCUGUUCCCCCCUCGCCUGGCACUCUGACUGCUGACGGAGAGGUGGACACUAGCGACGGUGUCGAUGCGGUGAAAGGAGGAGGAGGAGCUGGUGGCAAACGUUUGCGUGGCCCCUGUGAGGAUCUCGAUUGGGAUUCAUUUGCUAAUAUCACCACUGUACGUCCGGGCAAAGCUCCCGGACGAAAUGCUGUGGGAAUAAUGCUUCAACUUGAAUGUAAUGCGGGAUUUAAGUUAAAUAUCAAGGGUGAAAAUGCUACGGCUCGUUGCAUACGUGGCAUUUGGAAACCGGAUAUACCGAAAUGCUUAUCCGCUCCAUGCCUAGUGCCAGCCGUGGAGCAUGGCCAAUAUUAUAAGGUGGAACCGCAUACUAAGCAACUAAGUGAUAAACCCUCAUUAACGCCCUUGUCCAGCUAUGAAGAGAUACAGUCGAAUGAGUUCAUAACCCUAGAGUGUCAGGAGGGCUUUAAUCUACAGGGUUCGGCUCAGCUGCGUUGUGCCCAUGGCUCUUGGUCGGUAAAUGCAUUUUCCGAGUGUACUUCUGUGCCCUGCACUUUGCCUAAUAUUCCUGGUGUCAUCUAUGAUGGUGGUUAUCGUGCUGGCCUCACUAUAGGUCAUGGUAGUACGGUUAGUGUGCGUUGUGAACUCUCGACGAAUGCCAAUCCGAUUGAGAUGUCCUGUCAUAAGGGUGUUCUAACACCUCCAAGUAUACCCUGCGAGUCCGGGUUGCGUAAGUCGCGCGAGGAGCUGGAACAUGUUACACCAACGACACCACACUCCAAGAUUGAGCACAACGAAUUGGACAAUGAUCAUGAUCAUCAUAAUAACGACACGGACGAUCAUGAUGAUUUGAAAAUGUGUGGUCCACCUAGUCUAACCGAUGGUGCUUUGGUUUACAAAAAUGCCGAUCAUGCUGAGAUCGAGCGUAUCUAUGAGAGUGGCACAGAGAUCUUCUUCAAUUGCAUACCCAAUGCAGCGGGAGAUCGACAAACUUGGCGUAUUGUAUGCGAUGAUGGUCAAUGGAUUGGACGUUCUUACAAUUGCGAGAAUGGAACUUGUUUGUUCAAGAACAAUGAACCGAAUGUGGUCAGCUUUUAUAAUGAUUUGGAAAUCCGUGAAGAUAUUGUCGAAUUUCCACCUGGAGCAACCAUUAUAUCUAGAUGUGUGGAUAUUGGUAAAUUCUCAAUGAUUGGAAGUCAUGAACGUACUUGUAUACACUCGGAAUGGACAAAUAUCAAGCCCAUGUGCUCUGGUCUCAAUCAGGAGAAUGAUUUUGCAAUGGAAAAGGCUCCAACUAUACUCUUCCGGCAUCAGAACGGACCCAUUGCCCAGAGUAAUGAUGGCAAAUUAAUUGUCUAUCCCGGAACAACACUAUUUAUGGAAUGUUUAUGGAUGCGUCGAUUCGGUAAUCCAAAAUGGACUACUUCUCAUACAUAUAAAAACUACACUGAAGGUUGGGUGACGGAAGCAGAUGAAGGUCGAGAGCCAACUCUGGAAUACCGCCUGAGUGUUGUGGACGCCGUUAGCGAGGACACUGGCUUCUAUUCGUGCAUGACACCAGCACGUCAUGAGCAUGCCGUUGAGGUGGUGGUCAAGGCCAUCAAUUGCCCAGAGAUACCCAUUCGACGUGGCCUAAUUUUAAAUACAAACGAUACUAAGCUGAGCACACGCGUGCUGUUGUCCUGUGCCAAUGGCAACUCGUUGAUUGGCGCAUCGGAGCUAUUUUGCUUGCCGAGUGGCAAUUGGAGCGCACCGUUGCCGGUUUGCGAAAGCGUCGAAUGCGGCGAUAUACCGCUGCCCAACAAUAUGAGCUCGCCGCGCGUUUCGGUAUCCAUUCUAUCCCGCGAAGUGGGCGGCAGAGCGGCAUUCUCAUGCUCGUCGGGUUACGGUUUGCGAGGUCCUUCCGAGGCCAUAUGUAAUCCGAACGGGGAAUGGGCAACACCAUUCCCCACAUGCGUCGAGGUGCAAUGCGAUAAUCCCGGUGCCCCGCAAAACGGUUACGCACAAGGCUCGGCACCCUAUCGUGCCGGCGAUGUGGUCCAAUUCAAUUGCAACCCGGAGUAUAUGAUGCAAGGUCAGCCAAUAAUUGCCUGUCAGGAUAACGGACGCUGGUCUGGCGGUUUGCCCAAAUGUGUGCAGGCCUGCUCGUAUCCGGGUACCGUCAUCAGUGGACGUAUGUCCUCGGUUAAAUUCUAUUAUGCCAUUGGGGAGAGUGUCACAUUUACUUGUGAUGCUGGCCUUGAGUUGCGCGGCUCCAAGGUGCUCAAGUGCAUGAAGAAUGGCAAAUGGUCGAGUGCCAUACCAACUUGUGUGACAAAUGAUGGUCCUGCAAUUGCUCAAGGUAGCAAUAAGCAUCUGUCCACUACUAUGGGUUAAGCAUAGAGGGCUCAAAGAACGAUUAAGUGAAACAACGAAAAGGAUUUUUACUUCAUGGCAUCAGGACCCCCUGAAGUAUCUGCAUCUAAAGAUUUUUAAUUUUUGUCGGUAGGUAUUUAAAUCUUUAUUUCGACAUUUAAUUUGUUUUUUCUUUAGUAAGGUCAUUAAACAAUUUCCUGACCUUCUUCCAAUUUUAAUCCAAGACGUUAAAUGAGUUAAAUCAAAGUGAUAAAAAUACAUAUGUACUAAACUAAUGCACAUUGAAGAGCACCGAACACGCGUAUACUAAACUAUAUACUAAAUACAUUUUUGCGAUUCAACACAAUAAUUGUAAUAUUGUCGUCUAAUGGUCAUCAUUUUAUUAUUAAUAAAUGUUCGUGGAAUAAAUAAAUCU